AAUGUAGGAUUUAAACGAUUCCAUACAUAAUUUCCCGCACAUAUAAACUACAUCGUUCUGUUGACCCUGGGAGUUUUUAACACGUUUUUUUUUAGGUAGAAGCGAGCAUAAUGUACUGUUAGCCGUGUUAUAUAAUGCGUUUUUGAAACUCAAACUAACAUCCGGUCAAACAAAAAAACAUCGACAGGAUUGGGCCAGUCACAGAGCUGUCAAUCUUCAAAUAUAACUUUUGGCCUCUUUUCCCGUCAAUUGUUGUCAACACUGCAGCUAGAGCACCUCGCGGAAUAGCGUGUGAACCCGCACAUUUCCCCAACAUGCACCCGGCUUUCUUCGCGAUUUGGCUGGCUGCUCUACACCAAUCAAUGCCGGUCAAUUGUUUCCCUGUGCACCUAGACCCAUCGCAGCCGUGCAAAACAAUUAAAGGAACGAGCAAGCGCUCAGAGUCUGUCGAUGUAGGAGAUGAUUUAUUGAAGGUGAAUUUGAAUGGACAUGUACAUAAAGCCAUCGACAUAAACUCUCUGGUUGUCCUCCCAAUAAGAACAGAAACAAGUGACUGUGUGCCAAUAUUGGACUUUAAAAGUAAACACUUCUUAUGUGUGGACAUCGAGGGAAAGUUGUUCAGUUCUAUGGACAGCAGGAAAGAGUGCCUUUUCCAGCAGCUGCAGAUGGAGAACCAUGUUGACCUGUUCUAUUCAUCUAGCAACGGACUGUUGCUCCACCUGGAAGGGGCUAAGAUCCAUGUUAAAAGGCAUGACUUGCUAAAGAGACACCUGGUUUACAGAAAGAAGAGGAGCCAACAGGUCAACGCAGAGAACCCAGAAGCAGAGCCCUUCAUGUCUGAUCAGGAUAUGCAACAGGACCAAGAACGAGCUGGUGCUGUUUCCAAGGAGACCAUCACUUCUUGUGACGACCCUUUGCGGGUGUUGCAUUCCAAUAGCCCAGGCAGUCCUAUCAAAACGGCUGUGGAAAAGACAGCGAACGAGUGAAGUACUGACCAAGAACUUGACUAGGCAGGCCAGAGAAAUGGGCUUUGAGUUUGAAGCAACCUUUUGCGAGAUAACAUUAAGGGAGAUAUCUCCAUGCACCAGUGCCUCAGUCCUAGUGAGUUUGUGAUUUGGAAUUGUCUGGAUGGAGUGGUCACAAGACAAUUUGAGUAAGAGCAUGUUAGAUUGAAACAAGGAGGUGAAUUAGAAAUAUGAUCUGUGCCCAUCACUAGAAAGAGUCUUACAGUAUAUGUCGAGGUAGUUCUUGCUAAAGUCAGGAAUGAGUUGAUGAGGAUAGGUGGAUGAGACCGUGUAUAUAGCACAGUGAGAUACCAACGUUUUGGUUAUGCAAGGGCAUGAUGCACUUUUAAAUAUUUACAUUGCAUAAGGCAGGGCACGGUGGGAGUACGUUGAACGUUUCAAACAGUUGGGUUUUCUAUUGAGUCAGGGAUGAAAGUCCGAUUUUAAAUCAUGAUGAUUCAGGCCGAUCCUGAAAAUGUGCAGGCUCAAAUGUGCAGGCACUUUUUGUUUUUGUUACGGCCUAUAAACAAUUCAGGCAGGUCACCCAUCAUUUCCUUAUCUACAUUCCAAAGUAUCUUAUUUUAAUUAAUACAGAAAUACAUGUUUGAGUAGCAGUUCAUGAGGAGCCGGCCAGUUUGGCAACAUUCAAGGUAAUACUUCUCUUUAAUGGUAUGACAGGGUUGAAAGAGUGUCCAUGUUCUUUCACAAAGUUAAAUUUUAAACUGGUUUGGCAUUGAGCCUGAUGUUGCAAUAUUUUAGUUGCAUGAGAUUUUCCUAUGUAGGCCUAUGUCAAAAUGGACCAAAAUUGCUGUCUUAAUUAUUAUUUCAUACAAGAUUGCAUUGUAACUUCUAUUAAUUGUAGGCCGUUUUUAAAUAGAUAUGUUAUGGAAUUACUAUAUUUCGUCAAUAUAAAGGUUGUGUAUGUUAACUAUGUUUAAAUAUAAUGUACAUGUAUCGAGGUUGUUUCACUGUCAUUAUACAGUACAGACAUGUGGCUGAAUGAUGUUACUUCAACACCCAGAACAAAUUGUAGCUGGUGCUGGACACCAUUAGGAAAAAGCAAUGAGCCAUAACAAUAUAAUGUUUAUUUAUUCAAACGUAUUCACAUAUUGUUAUUUAUAAUGUUUGUUUUGUAUGGAUGCUUAUUGUCUUCAAAUAUAUUGAAACAUUAAGAAAAUAUAACAGAUUCUGACUGUAAUCAUUACUGUACAUAUCAUUUGAAAUGUUCUUUUUAUUAGGUUAAUACCCUUGAAUGUUUGUUAAAUAUAUCAAUAAAGUUAAUUUUCUUCAGCA